AUGAAGUUUGACCUAAACCAAUGUGUAAAACCAUCCCAAGUCCCGUUCAAAUGGGUAACUGACACUUUGAAUGGUCAAGAUGGUAAAUGGGAUCGACUGGUAGAGGAAUAUGGUAUUUCUGAUGCUACAGUUAAAGUUAUCAGUGGCUCUGGCUUUUUAUCAUAUGUCAUGAGGGUUGUUUUUGAUUUUAAGGAUACAGAAGAAACUUUUAACAUCAUUUUGAAGGUACCUACUAUUCAGAUUUUGAAGGAUGGAAAUUACUUGGAAGGGGUGAGUUAUUGGUAGGCUUAUUGAUAGGUUUUAAGCACUUGUCACUUUUCUAUCAAUCAGUUAAUUACUAAAGUUAUAAUGGGGGAUUAUAUAAAGAUAUUAUGGCCGAUCAUGAACUUACUUUUAUUUUUUUUUAGAACGAAAGCUUGGCCACAACGUUAUAUCAAUUUCAUAACCAAGAAGUCCUGUUUCAUCAACAUAUCGCACCAAAAUGCGACGUAUUAUACUUUCCAAAGAUGUACGGGUAUGUAAACAGUGAUUUAAGAAAAGGAAUCCAUGGUCAAAUGUUAGUGGAAGAUAUCGGAGACAGAGGUUAUUUGCCUGAUGUUCUUAAUGGUAUGGAUUUUGAUCAGGUAUGCGUAAAUUUGAAGUUAGCUUAUAUUACAUACUUUGAAGACUAUAAAGUAAAAUCUCGUUAUUAGAAACAACAAAAGUCGUUUUUUAAUUUUUUCUGUAUGUUAAUGAUAUCAACGUAUACGUCUGAGUGAGGUGUUAAGAGCAAUACUGGUUUUUGUCUUUAAUGGCUAUGUUAAGGUAGAUUAAGACGUAUUCUUUAUUUCACUUUUUUAAGUUUAACUGUUAUGGACUACCUACUAAUAGUAUUAUACGUUUAGUGCUCCGAAGUAAUGCAAGUCUUGGCCAAAUUCCAUGCUUUUUCUUUAAACAACUUGCCUGAAGAGUUCAAACAAUCACUAGAAGCCGGCUUACUUAACAUUCAAGAACACCUCAAGUUCACCUCAGCUACAUUCGAAAUUGUGCCAGAAUUCAAUGAAAUCAGAGCAGAAUUAGAGGCCUUUCACGAUAAAUAUAGCGCCAAUCUUUUAAAAGUGCACGAAACUUUUGAAAUCCCGCCAAUCCUAACUCACGGCGACUUUUGGGCCAAUAAUAUGUUCUUCGAACGCAAAAAUGGAGUAUGUACCAAAAAUGUAUUGACCAUCUUCGACUGGCAGGUGCUUCAACUUGGCACGGGCAUGACGGAUUUGGCUAGGUUUUUGAUGGUUUCGGCCGAUGCAAAGGUUUUGAAGGAGAAUAUAGAUGAUUUGUUAGAGGUAUACUAUUUACAGUUUGAGAAGAGUGUGAAGGACAGACGGGUUUCGAUGCCUUAUGACUUUGAAAAGGUAGGAUAAGACUCAAACUUUAUUUUUGACAAAAAUAUUUUUUAAAUAUAAAAAGUUCAAUUGAAAAUUAUAAAAAAUGAAUAUAGUAGACUUUUAAGCCGUGUUGUUAUAGAUGAAAAAAAUGUUCCGAGCGGAAGUACCAUUUCAUUUUAUUUUUGCUGCCAUCAUACUACCUUUCAUAAUAGUGCAAAACUCUAAAUAUAAAAUGGCAGAUGUUGUGGCAGAGAGAAUCAAAUUAGCAUACGAAUGUGCCAAAAGGUAUGCUGAACAUUGUUAGUUUUUAUUGAGUCAGAACUUAAUUUGUUUAUGAUUUAAAUAAAAUUAAGCACUUUAUAAUGAUAAGUCUGCUUUUAAAACUGUUAAGUCUAUGAAACCCUAUACUAAUUGACUUUUUAAACAUAUGUUGUGACUGUUUUUGUCUGACAAUCAAACCUCUUUAGUAUGAAACUCUAGGGACUGGAGCAUUAAAGUGCCAUUUUAAUCAGGAUGUCACACUAUUCAAUUAAUUUUUGAUAGGAGCUAAAAGUUCUGUUACAAAAGAUGAUCAGAGAUCUGUUGUUAUAAAGAGAGUGUCAUACUAGCGAGGGUCGUACUAAAGAGCGUUUACUGUAUAUAAUAAGUUUGCUAACAUAGUCAAGUAUUUUUUAGUUAUUUUUAUAGUUCAAAGUUAUUGAAAAUUGUAGUUUAAAAUAUAAAAUGGUUAGUUAUAGCCAGUUAUCGUAGUAUUCCUUAAGUAUUUUGCCUAGCUUGCCAUAGGUAACUACAAUGAUUAAAAAUUGAUUUUUAUGUCAUUUUAUGUUAUAUAUUAUAUAUCAAACCACAAUUUUUAGCAAAAGUUGCUUUUGGGUGGUUUUACAGUUGUAAGCUAUUUUUUGAAUUUUUUUUGGGUUUUUGUCUGUUUCUUGCCUUAGGUUAUAAUCACUUGCUGUAUACUGCAUGUUAUUAUUUUUUCUAUCAUUUCUUGUUCUACUUGUAUUCUUUUUUUUAAUUUUUUUAAUUGAAAUCUCUGGCAGAUAAUAAUGAAUAAAUUUAUGCGAAAGCUAACGGAAACAUACAUCUUUGAUCUUAGGUUUUACUUAUGCACUUGUGUAUAGACCACUUUUAAUUAGCAUACAUUAUGUAAUCUCUUUGUAAUCUACAAUUUUCAACUUGCUUUAAAUUUCAUGAGUAUCCCGUUGGAAACGUGCUUUAGACAAAUAUGUUAUUAUAGUCAAGAGUCUUGACUAUAAGAGACAAAAUUUUCUAUUUGCGUUAUAAUAUCACUCUGAUAGAAAAUAGGUUAAUGAACUGUAAACUGUAGUACUUUAUUUGCUACGUCAAAAUGUGUGUGGAUAUGUAGUAACUGUAGAGAUAGGGGAGGAUAAUUUUUAUAAGAUUUUAUUUUGGUAACUAUAUCUUUUAGUUUUUGUGACAAUUUUUCAAAAUACGUUGUUAGUCAAUAACACGAAACCAGGUUUUGCAACAUAGCAUGGAAUAAUAAAACGUGUUACACCAACCACGCCAAUUAUACUGAACGUAAUAAAAGUCUCAGCCGAAAUCAUGUCACGUUCAUGUUUUUUGUUUUCGUUGGUAUUGUAGUUGGCACGAUUGUAUAAACGGGGUUCUCCGCGAAUCGACAGAACGAACUGGCCGUUUCCAGGAACAUAAGUCUUAAAACGUAAUAUGUAGCAGUUUGAUUGGAAUACGCACUUGUCUGAAGGCUGUUUUUCUAACAUUUUUUUUUGUUAUAUGCUCACGUACGUGCUACGUGUGUUCGGUAUAAAGGUAUAAAACUACAUGUACUGAACAUGACAUCUUGGUGCAGGGUUGAAGAUAAGAAGAUGGGAGCUUCGAUUUGGUUUAUUGCUUCUAGCUGUGAGGAUACCACAGAAACGUGUAACUUAUCAGAUAGCUUCUAGGUAUAAAUAACGGCUUAUAACAGGUUUUUUGUUACUUUUCGUAUAUUGUAUGCUGACCGAGUUAUCGUCACAAGUCUACAUAUUGUUUUACUAUCACAAUAUGUUUUGUUUCACGUGCCUAUCCUGUAGAAGCUUCAUUUCUCUAACGGGUUUUCUACAGUAUCGUAAGGCUUAAUGAUACUGUACUUUACGUAUAUUACAAACGCAAAAACACUUUACAAUUUUUACAGUAUCUUAUCGAAAAUUUGUGAUAGACACCAGCUAUGCCAUCUAAAAACCCUUAUGCAUGGGAGGUCGAACUAACAAACGAUACGACAACAGAAGGUGAAUAUUACUUUUGGAUCAGUUUCUCCAAAGUUUGCAACACUUUUAUUCAAAUUUUUGGAGGAAUUGUCAAUUUUCUGCUAUUAUAUUUGAUCUUAAACAUCAGGAAGAAGCCUCUGAAGAAUUAUAGGACUAUGUUAUUUUUCUGCGCCGUCAGUGACACUUUGUUUUGGAUCUCUGAAAGCUUGGUUCAACUAGUAAGGAGUUUGUAUUAAAAGAUUUUGCAGGAGAGGCGUACUCUAUUAGGCCGUUCAAAAUAUUCUGUGCUUCUUCUUGAAGCAAAUUUUUGGGAUUAGACGGCACAGAAUUAUUUGAACAACUUAAUAAUACCACAUAAUUUUUUUUUCUACUUUACCGUUUGACUAUAUUUGUAAUAUUCUUAAUUCUUUACGAUUUGCCUAUGUACAGUAAUAUAAAUCUUGGUCUAUAUUAUUUGGAACUUAUAAAAUAAUGUCAAAACAACUUUCCAGAUAAGCAACAUUAAAGAAAACGUGUUAAUAUUAGCCCUGGAAGGCCCAGCCAAUGUGUUAUCGUAUCAUGGACAAGUCAUUUUAGUGUCAAUCUAUGCUUUCAACCUGGCUUUGAUAAUUGUCAUACAACCAGCAAACUACAUUUACCGCUACAUUUGCGUAACAAGGUACUUAAAAUUCAUAAUGUUCUAUGAAAAAUUUAAUUUGAAGUGUAAUAAUGUACAUCAAUAACAUAUUGUAAUACAUUUUGUUAUACUUUUGAAACAUAGUAACAUUGUUACACUAUAUGUUGCAAAAUUUUUGUUUCGUGAUAUGUUAUUUACUUUGGAAUUUCAAAAAAACAUUGGUGUUGACAUAGAUAUGUUUCUUUAGAAAGGCUUAGGGAUUUAGGUAUGGGUAGAUGAGUGCGGGAGAGGGGCAUGAAUAAUAGAAAAAGUGAUAACAAUAAUAAAUAAAGUGUUUCUUAUCAGAAUAAUUUUUUAAUUUGCAGGAUGCUCCCCCUAUCGCCACAAAUGGCCUUUGCGGUAUAUGCAGUAUCAGUUCUAAUUGCAGUACCAUUCGGCGUUACUUGUUACUUCUCAUACAUGUACAGUGCCAAAGUAAGACCAGGGUUUAACUAUGGUACACUUUGGUUUAACGUGAAACCGUUACCGGUGCUUCUGCCGGCUGAUACGGUAAGGCUAAUUUAAUAAACUGUAGAGUAUUAAUGACAAGGAUAUGAAUGUUAAGGAUAUGAUAAGGAUACUAGUGGUAAGGAUAGGGUGUGUGGUAGGCUUGUCAGUUUUUAACAAUUUUAAUUUUAUUGUGUGCUUCAGUUACCUUACCUUCUUUUACAGGGAAGCUUCUUCACUCAAAUCUACUUGGCUUACGUGAUUGUCGCGUUUGGCUUUUCGUAUCUCAUCAGUAUGUUGUUCGCCAAGAAAACCGUAGCUGCCUUAAAGAACAACAAACAUUUGCACGGAGCAAAAGCAAUUCAGAUGCAGAAUCAAUUGUCGACAACUCUAUUUGUCCAAACAGUUCUCCCAGUCUUUACCUCUGUCGGCCCAUCUAUGAUCAUCACUCUGUCUACUGUCUUUGGAGUUAACAUUGGUGCAUUUGGUAUCAUCAUGUACACUUGUUUGGCUUUCAUACCGCUUCUGAAUCCGAUGGCAACGAUAUUCUUCAUCAGACCGUUCAGAACAACGGUUUUGAAGAUGUUUUCACUUGCUCAAAAUGGAGUCGAACCAAAUUACUCUACAUUCAGCGUCUCGACUAAAUAUUAG